CAUUGUGUCAGGGGUAUGAAAAGUUGAGCAGCAGUGGAAUAAAGGGUGUAUUUACUCUAAAUUCUGUUAAAUCUGUUGUUUAAGAACUGAGACAAAGCUCAGCUACAAAUAGACUGUAGAAUUUUGCAGCCAGAUAUGGAAGCAACAUCUUUUGCUAAGAUCGUGGAACGGCGUGUACGAAAGGCGUUAAAAGCUGAAGGAGAGCAUGAUCCCCAGCUCAAGGGUAUAGUGACCAGGUUAUAUUGCAGGCAGGGAUACUACUUGCAAAUGAAUCCCGAUGGCUCUCUUGAUGGGACCAAGGAUGACAGCAGUAAUUCCUCUUUGUUCAACCUUAUUCCUGUGGGCCUCAGAGUUGUCGCCAUUCAGUCCGUGAAGACAGGGUUAUACAUCGCCAUGAACGGGGAGGGCCACCUGUACACAUCAGAACUCUUUACAGCGGAGUGCAAGUUCAAAGAGUCGGUGUUUGAGAACUACUAUGUGAUCUACUCGUCCAUGUUGUACAGACAACAGGAGUCGGGGAGAGCUUGGUUCCUAGGGCUCAAUAAAGAGGGUCAAGCCAUGAAGGGGAACCGAGUGAAAAAAACAAAACCAGCUGCUCACUUCCUGCCCAAGCCAUUAGAAGUUGCCAUGUACAGAGAGCCAUCGUUGCAUGAUGUGGGAGAGACAUUGCCCAAGGCGGCGGUACCUCCCAGUAAAAGCACAAGUGAGCCGGCGGUGAUGAAUGGAGAUGUGUUCCAAGAAUAUUCUAGCAAACUUAGUUUCUUUAUUGCUUCAGUUUUCAACCUCUUCUUUUGUACGUUGUCCCAUCUGUUGCAUGGGGAGAGGAUGGCAUCGAUGAACUGCAUGUAGUAGGCUAUGUCUAUCAAGAACUGUUGGUAUGUACCGCUAAUUUUACAUACAUAUAUGCAACGAGUUUGUCUACACUAUACAGUUUGUGUUUGUUGUAUACACAUAUACAACAUAUUGAAUAAAAUAUUUAUAUAAAGGUGUACUGUAAUGUCAGUAACAUACUUAAUGCAAUAUAGUGUGCAGUAUAUUAUUG